AUGAUGGUGGGGGGUUCCCAUGGGAGGAGAUUGUUCUCUGCCGGGCUGAGAUCGGCGAACAAGCUCUCCCUCCUCGUGGGCCUCGGCGAAUCCUUCUCUUCCUCGCCCGGAGGGGAGGGGCACUCGCGGCCGCCCGGCGCCUGGUCCCCUAGGAACUUCGACUUCGACAGGGCUGUCGGCCUGGGGAUCGUCGCCGCCAUGAACGACGGAGAGCCGCCCAGAGCAGCCCCGGUUACAAAAUCAGCGCCACCGCCGACGCGGUCGGUCCCGAUCCCCAUCGUCUUCGCCACCACCGGCGGGCAGAGGGGGAACGAGUGGAGGGACGAGGAGGAGACGGAGCUCUCCGAGGGCUACACCUGCGUGAUCUCCGACGUCGGGCCCCCGGCCGUGCAGAAGAUGGUUUGCUCCGACGACAGCGUCGGCGAUGGCUGGGAGCCCUCCUCUGCGGGGCUAUUCGAGACGCCCCCCCCGCCUGCCUGGCCUUCUCUUCUUCCACCACCGGAGGACUUUCUCAAUCGAUGCUUCCGCUGCGGGAAGAAGCUCCACGGACUGGAUAUCUUCAUGUACAGGUAGAACUCGGCUCCCUCUCGAGAUUAUCUACUUCAUCCUGUUGAUAUCUCGCAGAGCCAGCAAUCCAUAAAAUUUCUGCCCUCGGAUUUUGCGGCCAAUUUCACGAUCCUGCUGGUUUCUUUUUUCGCCUUCUGUUGGGUUAUCCUCACGGUGAAUUUUGUGGGGGUAGGAAUUGCAUAUUUUUGCUUUGAGUUGCUAUCUCCCGGGACGGGUGAGCUUUGUAUCUCCUUCAUGCCGUAGCCACGCACCAUCCUUGCAUGAUCCUGCCUUCUUGGGUGCACGUCAUUCCAAUCUCCCGCACGGCGCGGGGCCGCGGAUUUGGCUACUGCAGUUGGGGGGGCGGAGGAAUUCGCUCCGAGUAUAGAUCUACUGUCACUUCUGGAUUCUCCGACGACCACCAGCACACGGAUGGACAGUGGGGGGACGGCCAUCAUUUCAAAGCUCGUCGUCUGUUCCUUCCUCGUCUGGGCCUGCCCCAGGGGAGGGGAGGGCAUCAUCAGUCGAUCGAUCUCCCCUGCUCGUGCUGACGGGUGAGCGUCUGUUUGCAGGGGUGAGAAGGCCUUCUGCAGCGCGGAGUGCAGAUGCCAGCAGAUGGUGAGCGAGGAGCAGAGGGAGAAGAAGAUGCCUUUCGACUGCUCCAUGUCCCCCUGCUCCGCCACGGCUCCGCUCUUCUUCCCCGCUGGCGUUGCCGCGGCUUAG